GGCAGGUGGGUCUCAGGUAAAACGUGACGUCACGAUGAUACUUUAGAACUCCUCGGCAGUAAAUCUAUAAAGGUGUGUGUAGUCUUACAGCACAGGUAGUCAAACCUUAGACUGAAUUGAAAACAGAGCGCCAGUGCCUGCUGGGAAUAAACAAGGAGGCCUAAUAUGCGCAGGUAGUUUGAUGAAUCGAGGUCUACCUGAGAGUGUCACCCUACCUGUAGCACGAGGACACCGGUAUGUACCCCAACUCGCAGUCGGCCAGACACCCGGCUCAGACAUUGUCACUGAACAGUCAGUACUUUCCGCCUCCGUAUGACUUCACCGGUUUUCAUCACGUCCCGGGAGUCGGUGACCCGUCGACAAGUGCUUGGAACUCCAUUUACGCUCCCCGAGAGGAGUAUCCGUACAGCUUCCCGGGGUCAAGCCCCAGCAUCGGGCAGGUCAGCUUCUCCUCAUCGGAGCUGAGCGGCACGCCCACCCCUGCUGGAGGGGGGUCGUUCACCCCGUACAACUUUAACUCCGGACAGGACCCCUACGGCUGCAAGAGGAGCCCACAGGAAUCCGUUUCAGGAACGAAGACUCGCACUAAGGACAAGUACCGGGUGGUGUACACUGACCAGCAACGCCUGGAGCUGGAGAAUGAGUUUCAGUACAACCGCUACAUCACCAUGAGGAAAAAGACCGAGCUGUCAAUGGCACUGAGUCUCUCAGAGAGACAGGUAAAGAUCUGGUUUCAGAACAGACGUGCCAAAGAGAGGAAGAUAAACCGGAAGAAGCAGCAGCAUUCUCAGCAGGCCUCCACAACUACACCCACCCUACCUGCGCUGGGUGGACACGCUGACCCCCAUAUCACCACCAGCCCCAGCAGCAACAUUCUGUCUGAUACAAUACCAGAGGAAUACUAGUUGGAUUUCAUAUGGAAGACUGAUACAGCGUGAAAUAUGUACAUAGUGUUAUUUAGUUUUUAUAAGUUUACCACAGAUUGUAUGAAGAUGAUUCACAUCAACAUGAUGUUAAAAUACUGCACCUCAUGCCGUUCACAAUGACAAGCACUACAUCUCUGUUGCACUGAUCAUCUCUAGUGGGCAUUUGCCAAUCACUGGACUUUAAUGUGUUGAUAUUUUCAGCACCAAUAUGUUAAGGACAGAGAAUCACUGGAUAACUUGUCAAACUUGCCUUCUUUAUGAAAAGUUUCUUGGUUGAUAAGUGACCAUGUAUUGGUACAUCUUUCGUCAAUUAUCUGCUUCAUGAAUAAGAAAAUAGGUCUAACCCUGAUUUGACUGCGUCAGGAAAUACGCCUUGAAGAAAAGGGAAGUACAAUGAUUUUAAUUGCAUCUUUUAGCAUUUAAUUUACCGUAAAUGGAACCUGGGAGAGUGAUGUGUUGGUUACUACCAAAGAAGAAGCGGGAACAUCCUAAACAAUAGUGUGCCAAAGUUCAACAUCCCUUUAAUGUUUCUGUUGAAAUAUUAAUGCAGGAUUUACCAUAGGAAUAGAUUAUUCAAAAGUAUAAAUCAAUAGGUUUCAUUUAGGAAGGGGGAAGCAGCUGUGUAUGGUGAAAUGGAAAGGGUGAAUGCACAUAAAUGUUUGAUUUUGAUUUGAAUAUGAAAACACAAGUGUAUAAUGACAUUUGGUUAAAACGUUUUCACUUUUGACUUUGUCUCUACAAAGAUUGUGAUAACAUCAAGGAACUGAGAGUAAACGUGUUUAAAAAUGGAUGUUGAAUUAUGAGCUAAGACAUCAGUGUGACCACAUCCUGAAAAACAGCUCUCACAUGACACAUGGUUUACCGACAUUGAGGAACUUCACACAGACAUUCGGCUUUGUCAGAGUACUUUUAGUGAAAAAAGUCCCUGCAUGUCUAGUUUUCAGGACUUACAGUAUGUAUGUAUACAAUAUUAAAGUAUGUACUACUCUCUACAUGUAAGAAAUAUAAACCCAUUGUUCCUGUUUCCAUGCCACCGUAAAAAGGAGGAAGGAAAAGUAGCAAAUGUAGCAAUGUACAUUUAGCUCUUACCAGAUCCGGCUGAGAUUUGCAACUGUCUUUUCAAAAAUAAACCUC